CAACAUCGUAACAAACGCGCGCGAUUCAUACUCACUCUCUUCGGUACAUAGAUAUGCGAGCAUUUGCGAUGGUAUUUGUGUUUAGUUCUUACUCGAUUAUCUGAAAAACACAGAACUUUCUUGGCCGAUCGAAUUUUCGCGCUGUUUGCUGUGUAGUAAAGUUAUGAUACCAGCUGAGUGAUGAUCCAUCCUCGAUGGUGCGUUGUUCAUUGUCUGCUGCUCAAUCCCAACGGAACUAUAUUUGGCAUUCAAUUUUAUUUUUAACAGAACAGCGAUCGUUGUCGUUCGAUAAAUAUUCGUGCGCGCUCCAUUCUCUCUCUGUUUUGAUAACAAAUAAAUCAAUUAUUGUGAAUCAGUUCUAGUUUUUUUUUACUUUUUUUCUCUGUGUGUGUAUGUGUGAAUUUGUGGAUCAUCAUCACAAUUGCUAGACAAAUUAAGUUUGUUUGGUUUUUCUCUGUAUUUUUGAUUUUAGCGGAAAAAUUUAAUUCUUCAAUCAGAAACCAGUGAUAAAAAAAGAAAUCGUUCAAAUAUGACACCGAUAAAUUUUUCUAGUGAAAUAACAAUAUUGCUUGAAUCGGUUUUGAAUGAAGUGCCGUGAACAUGGAGUUUACGAUAAAACCAUAUAGAGACACUGACGAGAAGGAAGACUCAACAAUCUAAGUGCGGUUUUGCAAACAUCUUCGUUGGCGGAACUGACUUCGUCGAAUGUUUUCGUUUUUCUUUUAAAUUCUGAUUCUGCGUCACGUUUGCUUAAUGAUGCGCGGUUGUUGACAAGAAGAGAAUAUUUCGAGAGAAGCGCAGUGGGAAAUUAGGAUUUAAAAAAAAAUUCAAAUUUCAAGGCGUCAUUCGUCAUUCUUCGAAUCAAAAGAAGAAUUUCAAAAAUUAUUGAAAUUUCUGCUUAACGUUUUUUCGGGAUCGCUAUUUUCAGCGUCGAUGAAAGAAAACAAUGGACAUAUUUCACAUUGAAACGGCAUCGUUAGGCACAACACGAACCAAUGGUGUAAUCAUUGACGACGUCACAAAUGAUCAAAUACCGCAAGUUAGUUUCGACGGUGGUCCCGAAUUCAAUUUGAAUUUUUUCGACAGUCCCGACGAUUCAAACACUGGCUACAGUGAUGAUCCAGGUUCUGUUGAUUCAACGAUCGGUAUAUCCGUAUCGCCGCCACCACAACCAUUGACCACAUCCACCACCACCACCACCACCACCACCAACCGUAGUGCAUCGUCUACACCACAGACAACAUUCACAACACCAACGAAUUUUCCAUGCAUUGAUCAAUCGUUCACCGGAACCGACAACAAUUCCAACACUUCAAAAACGUUUGUGUCGUGCAAAGUGUGUGGAGAUAAGGCUUCGGGCUAUCACUAUGGUGUAACUUCAUGUGAGGGAUGCAAGGGAUUUUUCCGGCGUAGCAUCCAGAAACAGAUCGAAUAUCGGUGCUUGCGUGAUGGUAAAUGUUUGGUCAUACGUUUGAAUCGAAAUCGUUGUCAAUAUUGUCGCUUUAGGAAAUGUUUAGCGGUUGGGAUGAGCCGGGACUCCGUAAGAUAUGGUAGAGUGCCAAAGCGAUCACGGGAGUUGAGUGGAAGCGACGAAAAUGCCGAUAGAGAUAAAAGAAAACCGACGCCACAAUUGUGUUCAGUUGCAUCACCACCCGAUAUAGCAUCGCUUGCACCAGACCCAACUGAAUUGCCCGGCUCCACCGACCUGUCAUCCGUGUACGAUGUUAUUUGUCGGGUUUCCCAAGCUGCGGAAGAGACGCUACUGGUGAGAAAAUCAAUCCAGAUGCCAAGCGACCCAGUUUCUGACGAGGAAUGUGAGUUGACGGCAACCGUGACGGAUGCACUAAAGCGAAAGAAAAUUCUACUUUGGCAACAUUUUGCGAGCCGCAUAACGCCAGGUGUUCAACGUGUAGUCGAAUUUGCAAAACGUGUACCUGGUUUCUGUGAUUUUCCCCAAGACGAUCAACUUAUAUUAAUUAAAUUAGGAUUUUUCGAAAUUUGGCUCAGCCAUGCAACUAAAUUAGCCACCGAUGGAUCACUUACUUUCGAUGACGGCAGUUUUUUGACACGAGACCAAUUGGAAAUAAUAUACGAUAAUGAAUUUGCGAAUGCGUUUCACAAUUUUUCCAACGGCCUUAAUGAGUAUGGCUUAAGCGAUGCGGAAAUCGGAUUGUUCUCAGCAUUGGUACUGCUCACAGCCACACGUCCAGGUAUAACGGAGCCUAAACAAAUACAGCGCACACGUGAACGUAUCGCCGAGGCGCUUCGUGUACAAAUCGUCCAGACGCGUUCCGGUUCAACGGCAUCGUUGCAAUUGAUGCCAGCGCUCGAAGCGAAAAUCAGUGAAUUGAAAGCGCUCGGCGUGCAUCAUUCAUCACAUUUGAAUUGGCUGCGAAAUAAUUGGACGCUAUUGCGACUUCCUCCCCUGUUCGUCGAAAUAUUUGACAUUCCAAAAUGUGACGAUGACGAGUGAUCCUCUACUCACACCCACACCUCUCCCCCUCCCCAAGAGGAUGUCCUACCGAUGCGAAUUUUGCGAGCAUGUUGUUGAUAUUUUCUUUUUCGAAUGCCGGCACACACACACACACACACACAUACAUAGAGAGACACAAAUUGUGACCAAACAAACAUGUCAGAAGAAAUGGAUUGAAGAGCGACAAAUAUGAAUGAUUUCUUUUCCAAAUGCAGUACAAUCAAAUUUCGAGAGUUAAACUAUUUUAGAGAAAAUCAAAUUGAAAACAAUACGUUCAAACACAAGUUACAAACAGAGACAAAACAACUAAAACAACAACCACCAGCCAGAUUAAAUGAAUACUCUAGAGAAAAUUUUGAUAGAAAUCUGUGAGAUGACAGCAAAACUAAAGCGAGAACAAAAUAACGCAGCAGAUGGAAAACCAAUUUAUGAACAGAGUUAAAAAUAAUCAAUGUUUCUUAUUUCUUAAACCCAUGGAAUUUGCCAAAAUUUUAUCUAAUCCAGCAACAAAACACUCACACACAUACAUACACAAAAUGAACAUCAAAGAAACAUACAAAACUUUAAAUUUAUUAUUGUAUACAUAACACGAUUUUAGAGCAAACAUAAAUAGUACCAGUAAGUUUUAUUUCAAACAUAUCAGAGAAAAAAAAUUGCGCGCAAUUGAACCGAAGAGAAUGAAAAACAAAUAAUAUAAAUGAGAAAUUGACUCUUAAGUCUCCGGCAGGCUUAACAAAUAGAUGUCAAAUAAUUUUCAUUUCUUUUUAAUUUUUGUUUCUAAUUCUUUGUGUUUGUCUUCAUUUCAAUUUCAUAUUGUUUUAACAUCAUUGAUUUUUUUCCCUUCAUUUUUAUCACAUUUUUUCCCCUUCGUUUUAAAUUCAUUUCUAGGGGAAAUAAGUGUUUAGAUCUAACAUUAAAUAGUUUAUAGCAAUUAUCGAAUAAUUGUCUAUUCCUUCAAAUUAAGAUCGCAAAAAACGUACAAUUUGUAUUUCUUUUUGAUAAACAAAAAAAAACACAUCUUUCAUUUGACUAAUAAUAUUUGUUUAUUCUUAAAAACAAAACAAAAAACAAACGUAACAUUAAAUCUAUCUUCCUGGAAGCGUCUUACAUUUAAAAGAAAAAAUGAACAUGUUUGUGAUUUCUUAUCAAAUCUUGACUUACACUUGCAUUUCUCAUCGAUUUCCUUCAUCGCUAAGAAUUUUCGAUUGGCUGGGGAAAAUCAAUCAUCAUCAGCAUCUCUUCAAUUUCAUUAAUACUUUGUAGAUUUUCUGUUUUCAUACAUCAUUUUUUUCUCGUAAUCACCGCAAUAAUCAAUCUUUGGGCACAAUAUUCUCUUUCUUUUCCAUUUGAAAGACACAAUUUGCAAACGCACGAGCAUUUGCAUUCAAUAAUUUCUGCCUAUAAUUAGAAUUUAAAAGAACAAGACAAAGAAGAAGCAGAGCGACUAAGAGCACACAUAACAUAUACACUGAAAAUAGAGUCGCAAUUUAUUCAUUUUAUGGUGCUAUUCGUUUUUAAUUUUCGUUUUUUUUCUCUCUCUCUCUCUCGCUCUAUUUCUCUCUCUCUCUCUCAUUUUAUCGAUUAUAUUUGUAUUAAACACUGUAAUUGAUUCAUAGCAAUAACUGCCUUUCUAAAACAUUUUUUUAUAAACGUGUAUUCGUGUAAUAUUUAAGCGAAACAAAAAGAAAACACAGUAAAUGGUGCCGCCUAUACUAUUUUGAAAUGAGCAAUAGCAAAAAAUGAAAAUGAAAACCACGAAAACAAUUAUUAAAACAAAUCGGAAAUUUGGCAAAUGUCGAUAAGUGAAAUUAAAAUAGUAGCGCAAAGAACAAAAAAAAUACGCAAGUCUCGAAUGAAAUGGCCUCAUUUCUUAUGUAUAUAAGAAAUUUUGAAUAUAGUACAUCAUAUUUUAUUUUUAAUUAGUUAAAUGAGAAUAUUUUUCUAGUGGCGUAAAUGCCAUUUUCUUAGCAGAAAAAAAAAUCUGAUCAAAUGGUGGAUUUUUGUUUUCUGAUGGACUGGAUACUAACCAACUUUUGAGUGAAUUUUUUUUAUUUCCUUCCAUGGAAAAAAAGAGGAAUAUCCUCCUUUUGCCCGCAAUCAAAAACCGUUUCAAUUCUUAUUUCGUAACUACUUUAACUAUCUUUAUUAAAGAAAAACAACUAAUCUAUUGUUAAAAUAUAUCGCGAGCGAAAAUAUGUUGGGUGACGUGCAUGUGGCAUAUAAAAAAAAAAAAAAUGUGUGGCAUUGUUUGUAUGCGGGGUAAGGCAUAAUUUGCGACCACCGUAGUGUUGCUUCCGUAUUAACUCUUUCUACCACACUCACAAACUCUCGCACACACACUUCGCACAAUCUCCGAACAUUUGAAUAUUCUCUGUCGUUAACAUGCUUGUAUGUAAAUUUUUUUCUUCGGUUUUAUUCAAAUUUCUCGCACAAAUUAAUUAUUUUUUAAUGAAAAAGAAAAAAAAGAACAACAACAAACACACAAAAUGAUAACGCUAUAUAUAUAUAUAUAUAUAUAUAUAUAUUCAAUUGAGUUUUAUACCCUGAACUGUGUUCGAUUUAGACAACGCGGCUACUAGCUGGCGCAAAUAAUGAUGUUUGAAAGGGCGGUGGGCCAUUGAACAUUGAACAUUGAGUUGUUGGCUUAUUUGGUUCAUUAAUUUUAGUAGUUGCGAAUUAUUUUACACCGAGUUUCAUUUUAUAUAUGAUAGAAAGAAAAAAAACUCAAAUCUAUUUUUGUGAUAUCUAUUGAACGAAGCUAUUUUAAUUUUUUUUCCCUCUUUUAGUUUAUACAUAACCAACGUUCACAAUUCGAUUGUUUGAGUUUAAUUUUUCGUUUAUUUUUCCUCUUGUUUUUAAUUUGAAUUGCAUGGAAUCUCUUCUUGAAUUAAACUUGUCAAAUUAUUCGGUUGAAAAGAAAUGCAAUUAAAAUAUUUAGAAGAACAAAAAAAUUGUUAGAUUUUAAUUGUUUUCAUUUAUUCUAUUUUCUGGAAAAUGUACGAAAUGAAUGAAGGAACUGAUGGAUGUAAUCCAAUUUUGAGCACAUUUCUAAUUUUAUUUUUCUUUUGCUCGUCUGAGAAACAAAAAAAGAUGAAAAAUAAAGUUGAAAACAAAAAAACAAAAACAAAACACACGCCCUGAUCCAAGGUAGACUUUUGAAUUAAACCAUCAAAAACUUACGUUUAAAUAAAUAAAAUAUCAAAUAUUUCGA